GGAGCAGGAUGGGGGCUUCCACCAAGUGUUCCUUUAGGGGGUCUCAAAAGCCCUGUACUCUCAUUCCUGUUUAACUUGGACCCUGCUUUCUAGAUACAACUGGGAGCUUCUUCAGGAACAAAGUGAAGAUGCCAGAGCCUGCAAAGAAAACAGUGUCUGCAUUUACCAAGAAGCCAAAGACAACAGAGGUGACAGCCGGAAGCACAGCUGUGUUUGAAGCAGAGACAGAAAAAGCUGCCGUCAAGGUGAAGUGGCAGCGAGCUGGCACAGAAAUUACUGAAAGUGAGAAAUAUGUCAUCAAAGCAGAUGGAAACAAGCAUUCACUGACGAUCAAUAAUGUAGGAAAAGAAGAUGAUGUGACAUAUGCUGUAAUAGCUGGAAGUUCCAAGGUGAAAUUUGAACUCAAAGUCAAGGAACCAGAGAAGAGUGAGACAGUCGCUCCUGUUGAAGCUGCUCCAGCCCCAGCUGCCUCAGAGCCACCUGCACCACCAGUAGAAAGCAACCAGAACACAGAAGUUGCACCUACUGGGACUCAACCAGAAGAGCCUCUAGACCCUAUUGGGCUCUUUGUGACACGACCCCAGGAUGGAGAAGUUACUGUUGGUGGGAACAUCACAUUCACUGCCAAAGUGGCAGGUGAGAGCCUGCUGAAGAAACCAUCAGUGAAAUGGUUCAAAGGAAAGUGGGUGGACCUGGGAAGCAAAGUGGGGAAACAUCUCCAGCUACAUGACAGCUAUGAUCGAAAUAACAAGGUGUACACCUUUGAAUUGGAAAUCAUAGAAGCAAACAUGACUUUUGCAGGAGGGUACAGAUGUGAGGUGUCUACCAAGGACAAGUUUGAUAGCUCUAAUUUCAACCUGACAGUCAAUGAAGCACCAAUACCUGGAGACUUGGAUAUUCGCGCUGCCUUCCGACGCACGAGCCUAGCAGGAGGGGGGAGACGGAUGACUUCAGCCUUCCUCAGUACCGAGGGUCAUGAAGAUGGAGAGUUUAAUUUUAGUGCCCUACUGAAAAAGAGAGACAGCUUCUUGCGCACAGUAAAUCGAGGUGAAGGAAAAUCUGAAUCCCAAUCUGAUGUUGAUGUCUGGGAAAUCCUGAGGAAAGCUCCUCCUUCGGAAUAUGAGAAAAUUGCUUUUCAGUAUGGGAUCACAGAUUUGCGUGGGAUGCUGAAACGCCUCAAACGCAUUAAGAAGGAAGAGAAAAAAAGCACAGCAUUCCUCAAGAAACUGGAUCCAGCUUACCAGGUGGAUAAAGGGCAAAAGAUCAAAUUAAUGGUCGAAGUUGCCAACCCAGAUGCUGAUGUGAAAUGGUUGAAGAACGGACAGGAGAUCCAAGUGAGCGGCAGCAAAUACAUUUUUGAGUCUGUUGGGAAUAAGAGAAUACUGACCAUAAACCACUGCUCUCUGGCUGAUGAUGCAGCAUAUGAAUGUGUGGUAGGGGACGAGAAGAGCUUCACGGAAUUGUUUGUAAAAGAACCUCCAAUCCUGAUCACUCACCCACUAGAAGACCAAAUGGUGAUGGUUGGAGAGAGGGUGGAGUUCGAAUGUGAAGUGUCUGAGGAAGGAGCUACUGUGAAAUGGGAAAAGGAUGGAGUUGAGCUGACACGAGAAGAAACAUUCAAAUAUCGAUUCAAGAAAGAUGGCAAAAAGCAGUAUCUAAUUAUUAAUGAGUCAACCAAAGAGGACAGUGGACACUACACAGUGAAGACCAAUGGUGGGGUAUCAGUUGCUGAACUAAUUGUACAAGAGAAAAAGCUGGAAGUUUAUCAGAGCAUUGCGGACCUGACAGUGAAGGCACGUGACCAGGCAGUCUUCAAGUGUGAAGUUUCUGAUGAAAAUGUGAAAGGAAUCUGGCUGAAAAACGGAAAGGAAGUGGUUCCAAAUGAAAGGAUAAAGAUCUCCCACAUUGGCAGAAUCCAUAAGCUAACUAUUGAGGAUGUAACACCAGAUGAUGAGGCUGAUUAUUCCUUCAUCCCUCAAGGAUUUGCUUACAACCUUUCUGCCAAGCUUCAGUUUUUGGAGGUCAAGAUAGAUUUUGUACCAAGAGAAGAACCUCCUAAAAUCCACCUUGACUGCCUGGGCCAAUCCCCUGACACUAUUAUUGUGGUGGCUGGGAACAAAUUGCGAUUGGAUGUUCCCAUAUCAGGAGAUCCAACACCCACUGUCAUCUGGCAGAAAGUAAACAAGAAAACCGACCUUAUUCGAAGCAAUGAGGAUUCCAUGACUCCCUCAGAAAAUGGCAGUGACUUAAAUACUGAUGGUAAGCUUCUGUUUGAAUCUGAAGGCAGAGUUCGUGUGGAGAUGCAUGAAGACCACUGUGUGUUCAUCAUUGAAGGGGCAGAAAAGGAAGAUGAGGGAGUAUACAGAGUUAUAGUUAAGAAUCCAGUGGGAGAAGAUAAGGCUGAUAUCACAGUCAAAGUUAUCGAUGUUCCUGACCCUCCAGAAGCUCCCAAGAUCAGCAACAUUGGAGAAGAUUACUGUACUGUGCAAUGGCAACCCCCUAAAUAUGAUGGUGGGCAACCAGUACUUGGAUAUAUUUUAGAAAGAAAGAAGAAGAAGAGCUACCGAUGGAUGAGGCUGAACUUUGACCUUUUAAAAGACCUAACCUAUGAAGCCAAGCGAAUGAUUGAAGGAGUCAUUUAUGAGAUGCGGGUUUAUGCUGUGAAUUCUAUCGGCAUGUCCCGGCCAAGUCCUGCCUCCCAGCCCUUCAUGCCAAUUGCUCCUCCAAGUGAACCAACCCACUUUACAGUGGAAGACGUUUCUGACAGCACUGUCACCUUGAAAUGGAGACCCCCUGAGCGAAUUGGAGCAGGGGGAUUAGAUGGUUAUAUUGUGGAAUACCGCAAAGAUGGAUCUACAGAAUGGAUGCCAGCUCUUCCUGGCCUAACUGAGCGUACAUCUGCACUGAUUAAAGACCUGGUCACAGGGGACAAACUUCAUUUCCGUAUAAAGGCUGUAAAUGUGGCUGGUGAGAGUGGAGCAGCAAUAAUCAAAGAUCCUGUUACUGUUCAAGAGAUCCUGCAGCGCCCCAAAAUCUGGUUGCCACGUCAUCUCAGGCAGACUCUGGUGAAGAAAGUGGGUGAGACAAUCAAUAUUGUGAUCCCUUUUCAGGGUAAACCAAGACCCAAAAUCAUUUGGUUGAAAAAUGGUCAACCUCUAGACUCCAAAGAUGUGGGAAUUCGGAACAGCAACACAGAUACAAUCCUUUUUAUCAGAAAGGCAGAGCUUCAUCACUCAGGAGCAUAUGAAAUCACUCUUCAGAUAGAAAACAUGACUGAUAAAGUUACAAUAACAAUACAAAUCAUAGACAAGCCCGGUCCUCCACAUAAUGUAAAGCUUGUAGAUGUUUGGGGAUUUAAUGCAGCCCUGGAGUGGUCACCUCCACAAGAUGAUGGCAAUGCACAGAUCUUGGGCUACACAGUUCAGAAAGCUGACAAAAAGACAAUGGAAUGGUACACGGUGUUUGAUCACUAUCGUCGCACAAACUGUGUAGUGUCAGACCUGAUUAUGGGAAAUGAGUAUUUUUUUCGAAUCUUCAGUGAAAAUCUGUGUGGAUUGAGUGAAACUGCUGCAACCACCAAAGAGCCUGCCUAUAUCCAAAAAACAGGCACCAUUUAUAAGCCACCUGCUUACAAAGAACACGACUUCUCCGAACCUCCUAAAUUCACUCACCCUUUAAUAAACCGUUCAGUGAUUGCAGGAUACAACACCACACUCAGCUGUGCUGUAAGAGGAAUCCCCAAGCCAAAGAUAUUCUGGUACAAAAACAAAAUGGAUCUCUCUGGGGAUGCCAGAUACCGCAUGUUCAGUAAACAGGGUGUGCUGACCCUGGAGAUCCGGAAACCCACUCCCUUUGAUGGUGGCUGUUAUACCUGUAAAGCUGUUAAUGAGUGUGGUGAAGCUGAAAUAGAGUGCAGACUGGAUGUCAGAGCACCUCAGUAAAACUCUGAAUGUCAAUUCAUCUGCAAGUCAAGCAUUGGAGUGGAACUUGAAGAGAACUGAAGAAAAUAAUGAAGGAUAAUGUCAGUUGCAUUUAGGAGUCCUGCUCAUCUUAAAAGUCAUUUAAUAUAUGUGU